GUUAAAAAUAAAAUAAAAAGUUUUCGUGCCGUAUUUAAAGUUUAUUGUAAACAUCCCAGAAUUUUGACUCGAUUAGUUUUGAAGCACAAAAAAAAAUACAGCUAUUUCCGGCGACUUGUGGAGUUUUGGUACGAAAAGCAAAUCAGAUAUUUUUAGUGUCAUUUUACCACAUUUCUUUUUAAAAGACUUAGAGCUAGUUACAUAUCAUUUUAUUUAUUUCCAUUUUUUCAUCCAAGGCUAUUUGUAAAAUCUAUAAAAAUUCACCACACCAAUAAUAUCAAUACCAAUAUGGGAUACGAUGUAAACAGAUUUCAAGGUGAUGUUGAUGAAGAAUUAAUAUGCUCCAUAUGUAGUGGUGUUCUUGAAGAACCAGUACAGGUCCCCAUUUGUGAACAUGCAUUUUGUUCAGCUUGUAUACUUGAAUGGUUAAAUCACCAAGCAACAUGUCCUGUUGAUCGUCAAAGUAUUACAUCUUCACAGCUUCUUAAACCCGUUCCUCGUAUACUAAAAAAUCUUCUAUCUCGUUUGACAAUAAAUUGCACAAAUGCUAAUUUUGGAUGUGGGUCUUUUGUUAAACUUGAUGUACUUAAUCAACAUUUAUCAGAAUGUGAACACAAUCCCAGAAGACCUGUUCAUUGUGAGCUUGGCUGUGGUCUAAUUAUUCCACUUGAUGAAGUUGGUCAACAUAACUGUGUCCGUGAAUUGCAUGGCAUUAUCCAAUCACAGGGUGAUCAAAUACAAGAUCUCAAGGAACAAGUUCAAGAUUUUCAAAGACAAAUUGUUGAAUUAAAACAACAAGUUACAGUUGUUACUGAUAUAAUGCAAAGUUUUCGAAUGUCUGCUAAUAAUUUAUCGUUAGUAUCACCUCGUAGAAAUUUUGUGGAUACAACAGAUGAAGUGCAGCAAUGGCUUUUAGCUUUGCCACCAGCAAGGGUUACUAGAUGGGGUGGAAUGAUAUCUACGCCUGAUGCUGUUCUUCAAGCUGUUAUUCGAAGAUCUCUUGCAGACAGUGGUUGCCCACAGUAUAUUCUUGAUGAUCUCAUGGAAAAUGCUCAUGAAAGGCGCUGGUCACAGGGGCUGAGUACAUUAGAAACCAGACAAAUGAAUCGUAGACGUUAUGAACAAUAUCUUGCACGAAGAAUACCAGGGAAGCAGGCAGUUGUUGUUAUGGCAUGUGAAAAUCGUCAUAUGGGAGAGUUUAUGGUAAUGGAGCCAGGGAUUGUUAUGAUAUUUGCACAUGGAAUUGAAUAAUACAUGCAUAUACCAACAUGAUUUUGCAACCAUAGAUAUUUAAAAAAAUUUGCCAAGAAAUUAUUUUUAAAAAAGACUUAAAAUUCUUCAAAUGUUGUGAUUAUUUUUUUGUAAAUGUUUGAGAAUCUCUAGAAAAUUGUGAAAUUGUUAAAAAAUUGUGUCAUAAAGUGUGACAAGAAAUCAAUCCACAUGAAAUACUAUAGAUACCAAAAGAUUUUUUCCAAAAGUGUUGUAAGGUUUUUUACUUAAUAAUAUAUCAUAUUGUGAAGUUUUGUGAGAGCUCGGUAUGCUUAAACAAAAAGUUGAUGUAAUAUAUGUUUGUUUCAGAAGUUGGAAAAAAUUUUGCGUUUUAUUUUCAAA